AUGGCUGCUCCAGACUUCGGAUUCUCGUUUGGCGAUUUCGUAUCCGCUAUCAAGAUCGUGAAGGAUAUUUGUCGAGCCUUACGGGAUACAGGGGGUGCGAAGGACGAAUUUCAACAUGUUUUAAUUGAUUUACAACACUUGGUCAUCCUUCUAGAGCAGCUGAACCAUGGUGUGUGGGACCAUGGCGGUGAUGCGGGCCACCUCAAUGCAAUCAAAGGCAUGGCCUUAACUUGCAAAACACCUUUGCAAGAAUUCCUGGAUAAGAUGGAGGAAUAUAAAUCUUUGCAGGGAACGAAAAUGGGGAAAAUAAGUCUGGAGCAAACUGACACGGAAAGAAGUAUUAGCACGCUUGUUCGAAUUUUCACAGGCAGUAAGGUUGGUGUGGAGCAUUUUCAAAAUCUCAAUAGAGCGCAACAUACCGAAGUACAACGGCGGUUCAAUAAGUUGGAAAAAAUGCAUAAAUGCGGGCAUGUUAUCACGGUAUCAAACUCUGAGGCAAUCAAAAGACUGGAAAAGAUUAUUCAGCAGCUUUUGACUUAUGCCUUGUUACGAGAGAUGCAUUGCACGAUACUACGGGCCCUUGUGUUCGGAAAUCAGGAUUCUAUACAAUUUACCGAUGCUCUGGGGAGAACGGAACCACUUCCUUACCAAUAUUUCCGUCACUGGGAUAUCUUUGAGGCGAUGCUUAGAUGCCGGUUUAAGCAACUACCGGGGGAGAAGUUAGUGGAACAGGGACGAUAUCAUCUGCUCGACACAAAGCGAAAAGACCUUGUCAUUGAUCGAAGCAGAUGGGAGAGGUCUGUUUUCCCUGGUACGGGUAUCAGCAUGUCAAUGAUUAUUCUCGGCAUGCUAUUUAAUAAAGGGUCAUGUCCAAGGGUUACAUGUGGCGCACGAAAUGCUCACCGCUCAAUCGAGUCUAGCUUUAUCAUCCGGUCAGUACCUCGAAUUGCAAUCUGUGGCAAUCCUGACGCACUUCAGCUCCAAAUGUAA